CCUACUGCUACCUGCUGCUACCUGCUGCUACCUGCUGCUACCUACACCUACCUACACUACAGACUGCUCCUUAACAUCUUAACAACCCCACGAACCGAAACAUCUCCAUCUCUCCGUACAUGCGAUUACGAACAUCUAACACGACAUUAAGCCUUUCACGACAACCUUUUAUUAUUUUCGACCUUUCCAACUACCUAGCUAGAUUUUCAGAUACGCCGCUUACCGCUUAGAAUUGAAACGUUCUAACGUCCUAACGUUUUUAUUCCUUCAGCCCCCGUUAGAAAUGAAUUAAGCUACAAGUUCAUGGACCUGACUCUACUGGAAAGUCUUGAACUAUGUUCAACCUCAGUAGCUUUGUGCAGAAGGCUCAGUCUGCUGCUCAGCAGCUGAUUGACCCUAUGCAAGGGUUGAACUUGACCAACUCAGACAGAAACCCUCCCAAAGCCACUCUAUUCCAGAAUCAGUUUCGACUCCCCAGCUCUCAAAACCCCCUGUACGAGAUACCUGCCGAACUCACCAUACCUCCUUCAAACGUCACCCAGGGAGACAAAGAACGUGAUAGGGGAUGGCACUAUGCCGGUAAACUACACCUGUCUGAGUCUUACAUCUGUUUCUCGACCACACCCACCAGUUUCUCUCAAAGCGCUAGCCCUUCCACCUCGGCCGCAUUUUAUGGCCAGACUCAUGGCGCUGGUCCUAGUGGGAAUGGGUUCACAUUUCCCUUGUGUACCAUUAGACGUGUUGAGCGUUUAAACACGCAGAGUCUUCAGUUUGCGCUCGCGAUCACGACCUGGAACGGUAUUAGCCAGGAAUCAGUCAAAGACAAAGACGCACAAAAGGACAAGAAAGAGAUCAGGGAGCAGAGGAUUACCAUACAGCUUGCCGGUCCUCGUCCUGCCUGCGAGAGAUUUUGUGAUGGCCUCAAGAAAGGUCUAAGGAAUGCUGUUGGCAGUGUUGGGAAAUACAAAAAGGUCGUAGGUGACUGCUACUCGGAAUACCUCCUUCGACCCGAAGACAAGAAGGCCAUGAGUCCGCCUGACGCUGGUCUGGGUAUGAUAUUCCGAUACCCUGGCGACCCAAAGAAGCUCAGAGAUCGAGCCAAGAUGAGGUUAUGGGCCGAGUAUCUUCGAGAUAAUGGUCGAAACACUACCCUCAUCCGACAACCGACGUUCCAUAAGCUUAUUAGAGUUGGUCUUCCGAACCGGCUACGAGGCGAAAUCUGGGAAUUGACGUCCGGAUCUUUAUAUCUACGGCUCGAAAAGCCAAGCUUGUACACGGAAACGCUUACCAAAUACUCGGGACAAGAGUCACUGGCUAUAGAUGAGAUAGAAAAGGACCUGAAUCGAAGCCUUCCGGAAUACCCUGGGUUCCAAAGCGAAGAUGGAAUCAACCGCCUGCGACGAGUUCUUACAGCGUACAGCUGGAUAAAUCCCGAUGUCGGCUAUUGUCAGGCCAUGAACAUCGUAGUCGCUGCCUUACUAAUAUACAUGUCCGAAACACAAGCCUUCUUCCUUCUAUCAGCCUUAUGUGAUAGACUGGUUCCAGGAUAUUAUUCAUCUACCAUGUAUGGUACGCUCUUGGACCAGAAGGUGUUUGAAUCUCUCGUGGAGAAGACCAUGCCAAUAUUAUGGGAACAUCUAGUAAAGAGUGACGUACAGCUUUCCGUUGUUUCUCUUCCCUGGUUUCUGUCGCUCUAUAUCAACUCAAUGCCUCUGGUUUUUGCCUUCAGGGUCCUAGAUGUCUUCUUCGUGGAGGGACCCAAGGUUCUCUUCCAGGUCGGGCUGGCCAUUUUAAGAAUCAAUGGUGAAGAGUUGCUAGAUGCUACUGACGAUGGUGCCUUCAUAUCUGUUUUAAAGUCAUAUUUCAUGCGACUUGAUGAAUCCGCACACCCUACAUCAGAAAAUCCCAAGUUACGGGCCAUCAAUAGGUUCCAGGAACUCAUGGUCGUCGCUUUCAAGGAGUUCUCGGCCAUAACACAUAGUACCAUCCAAGAUCUACGGCUAAAGAACAAGGACGCAGUUCUCAGUAACAUUGAGAACUUUGCCAAACGUACUGCUAUCCGCAACCUUGGACCGGACAGCAAAUUGCUGAGCCCGGACGAGCUGGGAUCUCUCUAUGACAGGUUCUAUGUGAUACUAUACGAACGACAACAGCGAGAUCAGCUUAUCCAAGAACAGUUGCGUCGAUCCAAGGGUCAUAGAGCCAGAGCCUCGGAAGCAUACCCCGAACACCACGACCAUGGCGUAGAGAAGGGGAGGGUUGGUCUCGGUCCUAGUACCAGCUUGAUGGAUUACGAUGCGUUCCGGGAAUUUCUUGCUACCGUGUCUAAAUGGGCUAUCUCAGACGCCCCUGCUUCAUCUCAACGCAAUGCGCCCCCGGAGAAAAAUCAGAAUUCGUACUUCAACAGUUUUAGACGUUCCGAUCCCAACCUUCUCUCUCCGUGGGGUGGCAACCCAGAGCCAGCAGACCAUGAGUUCAUGCAGAGGCUAUUUCGAAAAUGGGAUGUAGAUUCUAAUUCGACCUUGACACUACAAAACGUCGUGACCGGUUUUGCGCAUAUCAAAGGCAAACGCGAUAUCAUGGGCACCAUCACAUAUUUCUUUGAACUCUACGAUGAUGAUAACGAUGGCAGAGUUGAUCGAGAAGGUAUUCUUCGAAUUUCUGAAGCGCUCCUUUUCCUUUCACGCCGAGGUUUAGAAGGAUCAUUGGGCAAUCCCAAUUUUACCUCUCUUAACGGUUCGGGUGACGUGUCUAGCAACGCAUCGAGUCCGUCUGUCGGUGGUACUAUCAAUGAACGAUUUCUAGGAAGCGUUAGUGCUUUCAUCAGACGAUGCUUCGAAUAUGCCGAUCCAGACCACCCGAGCAAUCAGAGUGCAAGUGAGCAAGCAUCAUCUUAUGAUACAAACGAGACGGCAGAUAAUAGCGCAUUUGCCAUUGGCGAUGAUGACGAUGAGGACGAAGAUGAGGAUGAUUUACUCGCUUUCGAAGGUCCAGAAGAUAGUCCUAAAUCCACAAAGAAGAAGCCAGACUUUGGAGAAACGAUUCCUCCGGCGUUGGGCAAGCCAGAUAUUGAUAAUGAUACCAGACGUGCAGUAUCCAAGGCACAAUCUGAGAAGGCCAAUGCAGCCUUAGACCCUUCCAACCCAUUGCAUAUAACAUUACCUACAUUCCGCAUGGUCGUGCUCGCAGAUGAGCUGCUGGAACAGUUUUUCGAGUCGUCCUUCCCUACCUCGUUACACCUGACAGACGGCUUGGGAAUUUCCACGCCAUCCACCUCAGCUUUGACCACGUUCUCGAAUAUGGGUUUCGGGCGUGGCACCGCCUCCCCGCUCCCCGUUCCACAAGCAGGUGCCGCCGGGGCAGGGCGCAGUCUACGUGGUGUUCUAGAUAACAUCGUCACGGACGCGUCUCGUGUGGCUGCCGAGGUGCGACGGCGAAUGGAGGAAGCGCAGCGCGAACUGGAGAAGAACGCAGUGCCGGGGCAAAAAGACGAUGACGAAGAGGAAAAUCAAGAUAUUCAUGGAUAUAAUGGCGACCCUGAGCGGCGCAGCGUACGGUCGUCGGACAGAGACCUUCUAGACGGGGCCGACGCAGAGGCAGGGGCGGGAAAGAAUCAAGAGGGACAAGAACAAAUUGUUCAGACACUCGUUGAUAUCGAUACCAAUAUCAGCAGUAUUCAUGAUGGGAGGUUGAAGACGCCGAUGGCUAGUUCGCCGACGCACCGAAUCGUUGAGUUCGAGGGUUAAGAGUUCGGUUGAGUUCAGUUUAGUUGGAAUGCAUAUUGCGUGUUGCAUGUAGAGGCCUAUAGGACGAUGAUUGAUCGAUUGAUGGCGGUAGCAUAAGGAUAUUAGGUAAGGGAGUCAGGUAUUAUCGGUUUAGGGAACAAUUGAUCAGUCAAUAUUUGGAGGGCUCGACGGCGUCAUCGUCGUCGUCGGAUUUUCCCCUUUUCCUCUUUUUCCCAUUUGUUCAUGUGUGUGGGAGAGAGGGAGACAAAGAGACCUGACCCAAGCUUUUUUUGUUAGUUUAAAGGGGGGGGAGAGGAGAGGGGAGGUCUAAGGGUUGUAUGCUAUGUACCUAGUGCCUGGUAGCUGGAUGGGUUAAGUACCUUUCUAGGUACCUAGUAGGUAUGUAUAGUAAUUGAUGUUUACCUACUUUGAAUUUUGAAUAGAGCCUUAUUGC